AUGGCGAAUUUCGAUUACCCUCCUUUCAACCAAAUUCAUCCUCCUCCCCAAGAAAUCGACUUCUUGGAACUUGAACGGCAACUGCUAAUAGGCCACGGAUACGGCUACGAGUUUCACCAUGUAAUACACACACCCACCGCACAGCCUUAUAUUCUUGCAGUGAAAUAUGGCUUCAGAGAAAGGCUGGAGGACUUCAUGCUCCAAAACGAGAUUCGCUUCCUCUGCCUGAUGGACCACCGUAAUCUCGUCAAUUGCCACGGUAUCUCUUUUACUGAGUACGAAAUUCAAUUACUCUUUGAAUUUUAUACCGAUAAUCUUCAUGGUAUAAGAAUCAAUAAAGAACAUAUUCUUUCUAUUAUUGCUAAACAGAUAUUAGGUGGGUUAAGGUGGCUGCACAGUUAUGGCUUUGCUCAUAGAAACAUUAGUCCAUACAAUUUUGUUAUAGAUUUGAGAGGUAACUUGAAACUUAAAGGAUUUGGAUUAAGUACGGAGUUGAUGUGGGUUUUGCCAAAGUAUUCUAGAAUGAAUGUGGGUUGGAGUCUGUAUAAGAGUCAUUGGUAUUUGUCGAAUCAUUUGUAUAGUGAUGAUGUUUUGGGAGAAGAUAUAUGGGGUUUCGGAAUUAGUAUGAUGGAGAUUUAUUUGGGAGGGCCGCCAUAUGAUUAUGAUAGAGUUUCAGAGUUCAAGAAUAAUGCUUCUUGGGCGUUUCAAGAUUUCGUCGACUGUUGUUUAGAGUAUCUGCCAUGGAAGAGGUCGAGCGAAGAGUGUUGA